UUGCGUCAAUACAGUAAAUAAAUCAGUCUAUUUUUAAAUAUUAAUCUCAAAAUAGUAUAUAAACAUAGAAAUGCUCACAAAUCUACGUGGGAUAUCGCCGCUAUCAGAAACGAUGUCUGAUAACACAUUAGAAAGGCAGCGCGCUGAAAAAGCUUUAAUAACCAAAACACCAUCAUUGCAUCAUAAGAGUUUAUUAAAAACCAAUUAUUCAGAUGCCAAUGGCAAUGAUGUCAGUAAAAACGUGUACAAAGGCAGAAAGACCUUCGUGUUUUGGACAUUGGUGUGUUUAUUGUUUAUUCUCGCCAUUGGAAACCUUAUUUUAACUUUCAUUAUACUUGCAGUAUUACGGCUAGGGCAAGGUCUCGAGAGCAUGGAGUUCCUCCCGGAGCACAACGCGAUCAAAUUCUUCGGCGAAACGAACCUCGACCACGUGUACAAGAAGGAUGGGCUGAUCGAAAGCUUUCAGGAUGUCCCAAUGGUCAUCAGCAGCGAAAACGGAUCUGUGCUGUUCAAUUUGCAGACUCGUCUAUCUCGCUCCGACACGCGUGUCACAGUGAACAACUCCGGCGUGUUCAUUCGAGGCGUCAGCGCGUUCGAGCUGAUCGAACCCGCGACCGGGGAGACGGUGUUCAGUACCAACAGCGCUGAGAUGUCGCUCGCUGAGCCACUGAACAAUUUGGUCGCUAAGCAAGUGUCCACGAAACGGAUAUCCUCUCCCGUAGACGAGGAUCUGCUCCUCCGUUCUGAAGCAUCAGCUCACCUCCAAGGCGCAGAGGGCACUCACAUGGAGUCCAAACUCCUCCACUGGUCUGCGGACCAAGAUAUCUACCUGAAAUCAAUAAAUGGCUCCAUAGUUCUGAGCGGGAAAGAAGGGGUAUUCAUUGAUGUGAGAUAUCUGCCGAUUGCCGUGCCCCUAAACAAGGGGGAUAGGGCAAUAGGGCAGUUUAAAGUGUGCGUCUGUAUGCCUCAAGGGAAGCUAUUUAGAGUGGCAGUGCCUACGGGGCAAAAGGUCACGUGCUCUCACGUUAACAUGACAGGGGAUUUGAAUCCUUGCUUGUAGAACGGGAAAUUUUUUUCCGGAAAGAAAACUUAAAGAGAUAGUUAGAUAAUUCUUUUGCAGUCGGAUAGUGCACUUCACAAGAGAUAUUCUGCAGUGGAAAAUAAACGUUCGAAAAGUUGUUUUUAUUUAAAUAUAAGCUUAAUAAAUUAAAAUCGCCAUCAAUAUAGGUCAAACCGUAUUUCUUAGUAAGAAUAAUAUUAUUAU